ACAAGGCAUCUGGCAGACCGUGACCUUAGCGCCCAGGUCGUUAGCGAUGCGGUGGAGACUGAGGCGGGCCAAGUCUACAGGGUCCCCAGGGAGCUGCAGGGGGACGGGGAAGGCGUGCUUGAACUUGGGGAACCAGUACAUGAUGCGCUGGUACUUCCUCAUAGGGUGACUCUAGUCCCUGAGAACUAACAAUCACCAAUAAAAACUAGAGUCGGAGAGAAUCUAAAAUUCCAAAAGUGUCAUGACAUGGGCACCCCACUGAUUUUGUUAUAAUGUUUGAGUCACUCAGAUAGCAUACGAACAUGGCAUAAGCCAUGGCAAAAUGUGUAGAAUUGCAGGAAACUGGCUUUAAAACUGUAAAAUGUUCACGCCGCCAAGAGGAGGGCCUUUAAAAUCUUUGGUCGGAGACCACGCAAUUGACCACGGCCACUAGCACGCCCCUACGCUAACGUUGCCACCGCUGCUGAAAAGAAACCUAUGGGAAACACUGUACACACACCACUGUAAAUAUGGGAUAACGAUCAUCCAUCGCUGUUAACUCAAAUUUAACUACCAUGUUGACGUGAUUACCUGGGGAAAUUCCUAUGGUUUUAGGGAGUGACAUACAGUGGGGAAAAAAAGUAUUUAGUCAGCCACAAAUUGUGCAAGUUCUCCAACUUAAAAAGAUGAAAGAGGCCUGUAAUUUUCAUCAUAGGUACAUGUCAACUAUGACAGACAAAUUGAGAAUAUUUUUUCCAGAAAAUCACAUUGUAGGAUUUUUAAUGAAUUUAUUUGCAAAUUAUGGUGGAAAAUAAGUAUUUGGUCACCUACAAACAAGCAAGAUCUAUGUCUCUCACAGACCUGUAACUUCUUCUUUAAGAGGCUCCUCUGUCCUCCACUCGUUACCUGUAUUAAUGGCACCUGUUUGAACUUGUUAUCAGUAUAAAAGACACCUGUCCACAACCUCAAACAGUCACACUCCAAACUCCACUAUGGCCAAGACCAGAAACAAAAUUGUAGACCUGCACCAGGCUGGGAAGAAUGAAUCUGCAAUAGGUAAGCAGCUUGGUUUGAAGAAAUCAAUUGUGGGAGCAAUUAUUAGGAAAUGGAAGACAUACAAGACCACUGAUAAUCUCCCUCGAUCUGGGGCUCCACGCAAGAUCUCACCCUGUGGGGUCAAAAUGAUCACAAGAACGGUGAGCAAAAAUCCCAGAACCACACGGGGGGACCUAGUGAAUGACCUGCAGAGAGCUGGGACCAAAGUAACAAAGCCUACCAUCAGUAACACACCAUGCCGCCAGGGACUCAAAUCCUGCAGUGCAAGACGUGUCCCCCUGCUUAAGCCAGUACAUGUCCAGGCCCGUCUGAAGUUUGCUAGAGUGCAUUUGGAUGGUCCAGAAGAGGAUUGGGAGAAUGUCAUAUGGUCAGAUGAAACCAAAACAGAACUUUUUGGUAAAAACUCAACUCGUCGUGUUUGAAGGACAAAGAAUGCUGAAUUGCAUCCAAAGAACACCAUACCUACUGUGAAGUAUGGGGGUGGAAACAUCAUGCUUUGGGGCUGUUUGUCUGCAAAGGGACCAGGACGACUGAUCCGUGUAAAGGAAAGAAUGAAUGGGGCCAUGUAUCAUGAGAUUUUGAGUGAAAACCUCCUUCCAUCAGCAAGGGCAUUGAAGAUGAAACGUGGCUGGGUCUUUCAGCAUGACAAUGAUCCCAAACACACCGCCCGGGCAACGAAGGAGUGGCUUCGUAAGAAGCAUUUCAAGGUCCUGGAGUGGCCUAGCCAGUCUCCAGAUCUCAACCCCAUAGAAAAUCUUUGGAGGGAGUUGAAAGUCCGUGUUGCCCAGCGACAGCCCCAAAACAUCACUGCUCUAGAGGAGAUCUGCAUGGAGGAAUGGGCCAAAAUACCAGCAACAGUGUGUGAAAACCUUGUGAAGACUUACAGAAAACGUUUGACCUGUGUCAUUGCCAACAAAGGGUAUAUAACAAAGUAUUGAGAAACUUUUGUUAUUGACCAAAUACUUAUUUUCCACCAUAAUUUGCAAAUAAAUUCAUAAAAAUCCUACAAUGUGAUUUUCUGGAUAUUUCUUUCUGAUUUUGACUGUCAUAGUUCACGUGUACCUAUGAUGAAAACUACAGGCCUCUCUCAUCUUUUUAAGUGGGAGAACUUGCACAAUUGGUGGCUGACUAAAUACUUUUCCCCCCCACUGUACCUGGCCACAGGUGUCAUGUAGUGUAAUUAUGGAAAAUGCCGUGGCUGUCUGACGCAGGGUAGCAUGCUGGACAGCUGCUCUGACAGAGGGGGCCAGAAACCCCACACUCUGGAACCGUAGUAGACAGCGGGCAGAGUUCAUGGUGCAUGCAUCAUGUGGCUCCUACAAAAGAGAGACACUGACAUGAUUAACAAGAUAAGCAGAUGGGACAAAUAGUACAGGGACACUAUGAAUCUGCACUAGUAUGACUAUAUCGUGACAGCUUGCAAAACAUAAGUGCAGAUCAAUCUCUGUGGUUUUGGGGGGUGCGUGCACAACAGACAUAAACACAGGAAAACAUACUGUAUCUUCUAGCUAGCUAUAAGUAGCCAUGUUCAAUUUAUGACUGUCACAACUUGUGAGGGUCAUUAGAAGCUCGAUAGUUAUACGGGGAGGUAAAAGUGUGGCGAGAUUAAUCUCCUUCGUAUCAAGUCUCCUUCAGACAUGUCUCUCCAUGGGCAUCUCCAUGUUGAAACGCCGGCUGCAUUUUCUGGUUCAACAGCGUUUUCGUUCCCCCAUCAUAACAAAAACAAGGACGCCGAGCUUAUGUUCCGCCAUCGUGUGGAUGAAGUGAAGUACAAGAACACGCCACCAGGUGGCAGGAAAUCUCUGUGAAAUAAAAUAAUUUACAUUUACAUUUACAAAUCUCAGUUGAACAGAACUUUUGGAUGAGGUGUAACUCAAAAAGUAGUGCUACAAGUUUCAGUAAGGAGCAUAUUAUUAUUACAUGUGCACAUAGUCAUCGCAAAACGCGGGGAUAGUUAUACCAUACUUGUCUCCACGAGCAUAAUUUGGGGAAUUAUGGUGCGGAGUGCAUGUGAAUCUAUUGGGCGAUUGUGCACUUGUGCACUUGUCCACCCAAUGUUCAGCUCAGUUCCUGGAUUUGUGUAAAGAAUUUGAGUGCACGUUGCCAUGCGUGCCUCUUCUCUUUUCUCAAGAAACAGCUUCAGCACGAGCUCCAGAGUGUGGUUUCUGACACGCUCCAGGGUAGAGCAUCAGCAUGGGAAAUACACCCAAAAACAAACGUCACUCCUAGAAAACAGUAAUUAUCUUCUGGGCAAUCAGUCAUGGAUAGUUCUACGAAUAGCUUAGGUAAGUAAAGCAUCUAUAAUCGUAUUUGUAGUCAACCGUUUCUAACUUUGAGUAGCUACUUUCUGUCUGUCAACCACACAGUUACUUAUGUGGGCAUAUCAGUCUGCAAAUUACAAAGCAGCAUGUAUAGGUUAUGUGCAAAACAUGCAAUUGAAAAACUGAAAACACACCUUUGCAAUUGUAUAAAGGAGUAAUUGCAAUUAUAUGAUAACCUAGGGCCAAUGAUGUUGUGUGCUUUCAGUUUGUAAGAAUGUUGCUAUGUUCUUGCUCACUUUUUUCAAUCAUGAAAAUUAACUUUGUUGUAUCCUCUAGUCUAGGUAGAUGUGAAACAAAGUCAUUUAAAUCACUCAUCAUCUCUCACGAGAUAGGGUGUGCGUAUGGGGUUCUGGUGAAUGGACUGGCAGACGUGGGAACAUAAUGUUAUCUAGAAUGUUCUCUCCCAAUUGGGUAGGAUGCUAGAUUACUUGUUGCCAGGUUAGCGCCUUAGUUUGUAGUCUCUUGACUGUUUCUAUGGCAAGGCAACUCCAUUAUCUACACCAGGGAUGCAUUCAAAUUGAUUGAUUUGAUUUGAGUAGUGAUUUAUCACUAUAAGCUCUUUUAUCACGCUAAAACAAACAGUCCUAUUCAAAGUUCUAGGGGGACAUUCCUAUAUGGAAGUUAGUUCAGUGCAUUGAUGACCAAACUAGACACAAUUUAAUCUGUCCGGAGUUAGGGAUACAUUUGUUGGACCACCAUCUGCGCUGGAGGAACUUCAAAGGUUCCUAAAUCAAGCAAGAGAGAGGAACUAUAACUAUAAACAGCAUAUUGACAAUUUGGGUGUUAAAGAUUUUUAGUACCCCCUACCAUAUGAUGCAUGAACUAAUUUGGGGGUACCUACCCAUCUAUAACCCAAACAUUUCUGGGUCUCUCUGGGCCAUGAUUUUAAAUGGAAAUAAACAGAUAUUCAGUUUGUGGUUGUUAUUAAUUGUUUUCCCCUCCGUUUUGCAGUAGCAUUGGUUAUGCUACUGCUGCCAUGACAAUGGAAUUUUUAAUGGGUUCUACAAAGGAGUAGAAUGGGAGCCAUUGUGGUAUAUCUGUAGCAGUCCCACCUCGUGUGCUGAUGUUUUGUUUACCAUCUUGUAAAAGGGUGUGUUGAUAGGCAUACAGGGGAACACACAGGGGAACAGUCAAUGUUCGAGAGCAUCAAAACCGUGAUGUAUCAUGGUAUUUUGUAUUUUAAUAGGAUCCCCAUUAGCUGUUGCGAAAGCAGCAGCUACUCUUCCUGGGGUCCACACAAAACAUGAAACAUGUCAUAAUACAGAACAUUAAUAGACUAGAAGAGCUCAAGGACAGAAUUACAUAAAUGUAAAAAUGGCACACGUAGCCUACAUAUCAAUACAUACACACACAAUAUCCAGGUCAAAUAGGGGAGAGGCAUUGUGCCGUGAGGUGUUGCUUUACCUGCUUUAUGAAACAGGUUUGCUGUUCGUUUGAGCAAUAUGAGAUGGAAGGGAGGUUCAUGCAAUAAGGGCUCUAAUACUGUACGCUUUAUUGAAUUUGGGGACUGUGAAAAUACCCCUUAUGGCAUGUCUGGUGGGGUAAGUGUGUGUGUCAGAGCUGUGUGUAAGUUGACUGCAAACUAUUUGGAAUUUUCAACACAUUAAUGUUUCUUAUAAAAAGAAGUGAUUCAGUCAGUCUCUCCUCAACUCUUAGCCAAGAGAGACUGGCAUGCAUAGUAUUUAUGUUAGCCCUCUGAUUACAAUGAAGAGCAAGACGUGCCGCUCUGUUCUGGGCCAGCUGCAGCUUAACUAGGUCUUUCUUUGCAGCACUUGACCUCAUGACUGGACAAUAAUCAAUAUUAGACAAAACUAGAGCCUGCACGACUUGCUUUUUGGUGUGUGGUGUCAAAAAAGCAGAGCAUCUCUUUAUUAUGGACCGACCUCUCCCCAUCUUUACAACCAUUGAAUCUAUAUGUUUUGACCAUGACAGUUUACAAUCUAAGGUAACACCAAGUAAUUUAGUCUCCUCAACUUGCUCAACAGCCACACCAUUCAUUACCAGAUUCAGCUGUGGUCUAGAGCUAAGGGAAUGAUUUGUACCAAAUACAAUGCUCUUAGUUUUAGAGAUGUUCAGGACCAGUUUAUUAGUGGCCACCCAUUCCAAAACUGACUGCAACUAAUUGUUAAGGGUUUCAGUGACUUCAUUAGCUGUGGUUGAUGACACGUAUAUGGUUGAAUCAUCAGCAUACAUGGACACACAUGCUUUGUUUAAUGCCAGUGGCAGGUCAUUGGUAAAAAUAGAAAAGAGUAGAGGGCCUAGAGAGCUGCCCUGCGGUACACCACACCCUACAUGUUUGAAAUUAUAGAGGCUUCCAUUAAAGAAAGUCCUCUUGAGUUCUAUUCGAUAGAUAGCUCUGAAUCCAGGUUGAAAAGCAAUAAAACAUAUGUUUUCUCAACAACAGGUUAUGGUCAAUAAUAUCAAAGGCUGCACUGAAAUCUAACAGUACAGCUCCCACAAUCUCCUUAUUAUCCAUUUCUUUCAACCAAUCAUCAGUCAUCUGUGUCAGUGCAGUACAUGUUGAGUAAAUUGUGACUGACUGAUCUACAAAUAAUAUUGAGUAGUUUGUUAUUUAUGAUGUAAGGUGAUUUGUAGAUCAAUCAGUCUCGACUCACCUUUAAAGUCGGCUGCAAUGUCUAACGAUUUGUAAUUUGUAAGUCGCUCUGGAUAAGAGCGUCUGCUAAAUGACGUAAAUGUAAAAUGUAAAUGUAACGGGCCCAAUAUAACAUGGAGAGGCAGACGCCCGGUUAGCAACUGUGGGCAAUGCCUGUCUGUCAGUAUGUCUCACUCACAGCUGACUAGAAUAUGUCCCCCUAAGCACAGAUCUAGGAUCAGCUUAUCCUACAGCAAUCCUAACCUCAACUAUUUAGGGCUUACGAAGUGAAACAGCCAUCAGAUCAGCACUAUGUUUUAUUCAGUCAGCAGGAUGGGGCUUUCAGUGGGCUGUCAGUGAGUUUACUGUCAGGGAUUGUCUGGGUCUGUGGGUGUUUGGCUGAACUGUCCAUAAAAUCACCAGCACACCCCCACAGCUAGCUGAUAAUUCCAUGCUGCCCUGUCAGAAAUCACAGUUAACUAGGGUCUGAGAACAUGUCAGUUGUCAGAUAGCUUGCUUCUAUGUGGACCGCUUCAUUUGGUUAUGGUUUUCAUUGCUGUAGUCGGUAGAAGGUUUGUUAAUAACUUGCUUUAUCUACACAUGAUAAAAAAUGCAGGGGCUUUUGACAUGGUUGAUUAUGUCCAGCAGCUCCUUUGCGCUACCAUGUGUGAGAUCAUACUGGUAUUACAUUUAUACUGCCUGUAGAAUACCUCAUAGCUUUUUUUAUCUGCAUGCAAAGCAAGUAUGCUCUUGCAUAAUUUCCCUCUGAUUUAAGCUUAGUGACACUGUGUUGACCCCAAACAGCUCAAGAGAAAUGUUUAAUGUUUAUUUUUAGAUUGUUUAGAUCCUCUUAAUCUUGUGUUUAGCCUCAAUAUUUGCGACCAACAUUUAAUCUUCAGCUAGUAUCAAAUACAGAGCAUGGAUUGAUGUAGGUUGAGCAACAGACGAAAGUCCACACUUUUCCAUCAGACAAUGCUACUCAGAAUUUUCUCAUACGAUAAUAAGAUAUGAUCAUAAAUAAACGUUUUCUAUUAAACGUUAGACCAGGAGGAGAUAGCAGCAGACAGUUUUAAUUCCCCUGCAUAUAUUCUCUCAGGUGGGGGUGAGUCUGUCAGUGUGUUCUGCUGUAGCUAUAUCUCUCUGUUUCGGUUCAGUGUGAUGAGUUCGAUGGAAGUGCAGAGGUGUCAAGUAAGACACAGGAUGUGUUGUGGUGGCAACAUGGCUCGUGAUCACAUGGGUCUCCGGGGACAGACACUCUGUAGGUGGUGAUGCACCGUGGAGGGUGGCAUUCACCAGAAAGGAGCUGACAAAGGGUGGGUGAAAUGUGGGAAGAGGCUGUGUGUGUGUGUGUGCUGUCAAUCCUUACUCUUGAGAGUCUGGGUUGGAAAAUAACCGUCACGUCUCGAUUUAAGACUGUUUCAACCACAAUUAAGUAACAGUCAUAAGAUUGCAAGUAAGGACUUUGGAUACAGCAAGACAAGAAAAUCCCAAACUAUUAAGAGAAGGAAAAACAUCUCAAAGACCAAAACGUCCUUAUAGCCAUAAAACCGCUACCUUAACACUUCGAUAAAAAGUGUAUUUUCCUUUUAAUGAAACUACAGUUCUUCAAAAAGUCAGCCUGGGCAAGAGAUUUCUUUUAAAUGAUUAACCUUUAUUUAUCCAGGCGAGUCAAUUUCUUUACAAUGACGGCCUGGCCAGUGAUGACUGAGAAGUGCUGUGCAAUAAAUAAAAUAAAUAAAAGAACAUCAAAAUCACAGGACAAGACAGACAUCACAACACAAAAGCACAGGACAUAUGACAAGCAAAAGUCAAUACAGAACAGUAACAGCACAAGGAGAACAGAUAUCACAACACAACGGGACAGAAACACAUGGCAACAACACAACAUUUAGAGUUUCUAGCUAGUUUCUAGCCUUGUAGGAUGUUGCUCUAAUUUCACUAUUUUCUGUGCCGAGUGGCCUGGGCCAUCUGAGGUCUCGAGAACUCAUUGGCCGCCAUCAUUCUUAAAUGGAAGAAGUUUGAGCUGGCUGCCCGGCCAAACUGAGCAAUCGGGGGAGAAGGGCCUCGGUCAGGGAGGUGACCAAGAACCCAAUGGUCACUCUGACAGAGCUCCAGAGUUCCUCUGUGGAGAUGGGAGAACCUUCCAGAAGGACAACCAUCUCUGCAGCACUCCACCAAUCAGGCCUUAAUGAUAGAAUGGCCAGACAGAAGCCACUCCUUAGUAAAAGGCACAUGACAGCCAAAAGGCACCUAAAGGACUCUCAGACCAUGUGAAACAAGAUUCUCUGGGCUGAUGAAAUCAAGAUUGAACUCUUUGGCCUGAAUGCCAAGCGUCACGUCUGGAGGAAACCUGGCACCAUCCCUACGGUGAAGCAUGGUGGUGGCAGCAUCAUGCUGUGGGGAUGUUUUUCAUCAGCAGGGAGACUAGUCAGGAUAGAGGGAAAGCUGAACGGAACAAAGUACAGAGAGAUCCUUGAUGAAAACCUGAUCCAGAGCGCUCAGAACCUCAGACUGGGGUGAAGGUUCACCUUCCAACAGGACAACGACCUUAAGCACACGCAGGAGACAACGCAGGAGUGGCUUCGGGACAAGUCUCUGAAUGUCCUUGAGUGGCCCAGGCAGAGCCCGGACUUGAACCCAAUCGAACAUCUCUGGAGAGACCUGAAAAUAGCUGUGCAGCGACGCUCCACAUCCAAGCUGGCAGAGCUUGAGAGGAUCUGCAGAGAAGAAUGGGAGAAACUCCCCAAAUAAAGGUGUGCCAAGCUUGUAGCGUCAUACCAAAGAAGACUCGAGGCUGUAAUCACUGCCAAAGGUGCUUCAACAAUGUACUGAGUAAAGGGUCUGAAUACUUAUGUAAAUGUGAUAUUUCCGUAGUUUUUUCUGUAUAUACAUUUGCAAAAAUGUGCUUUGUCAUUAUGGGGUAUUGUGUGUGUGUGUGUGUGUGUAGAUUGAUGAGGGAAAAAAACUAUUUCAUCCAGUUUAGAAUAAAGCUGGAAUGUAACAAAAAGUGGAAAAAGUCAAGGGGUCUGAAUACUUUCCGAAUUCACUGUAAUUACAAAUAAUUUGUAGACUGCAAAUUGACCGCAGGAAGCCCAAAUAGAUAUGUUUGACUAAAACAUAAUCAUUUCAAACCUUGCUUACAUUUGUAUACGAUCUCGUGUCUCUCUAUUAUGCGUGGGAAUACUUGAACAGAUUUCUUAAAUUAAAAUCACUUGGAGCUAAUUUCUUGAUGUUUUUACAGUCUAUGUCCAACAAUAAAAACGAGUUUAUUUUGUAUUUAUUUAUUUUUGCUCUGAAAACUUGGGGAUCCAAAUAAAACCACAGUCGGCUCCGUUUGCGUAGACUGUGUAGUGGCUUGCGACAGUAUUCACCCCCCUUGGCAUUUUUCCUAUUUGUUGCCUUACAACCUGGAAUUAAAAUUGAUUUUUGGGGGGUUUGUAUCAUUUGAUUUACACAACAUGCCUACCACUUUGAAGAUGCAAAUUUUUUUUUAUUGUGAAACAAACAAGAAAUAAGACACAAAAACAGAGAACUUGAGUGUGCAUAACUAUUCACCCCCCCAAAGUCAAUACUUUGUAGAGCCACCUUUUGCAGCAAUUACAGCUGCAAGUCUCUUGGGGUAUGUCUCUAUAAGCUUGGCACAUCUAGCCACUGGGAUUUAUGCCCAUUCUUCAAGGCAAAACUGCUCCAGCUCCUUCAAGUUGGAUGGGUUCCGCUGGUGUACAGCAAUCUUUAAGUCAUACAACAGAUUCUCAAUUGGAUUGAGGUCUGGGCUUUGACUAGGCCAUUCCAAGACAUUGAAAUGUUUCCCCUUAAACCACUCAAGUGUUGCUGGAAGGUGAACCUCCGUCCCAGUCUCAAAUUUCUGGAAGACAGAAACAGGUUUCCCUCAAGAAUUUCCUUGUAUUUAGUGCCAUCCUUCAAUUCUGACCAGUUUCCCAGUCCCUGAAAAACAUGGUGGUGUUCUCGGGGUGAUGAGAGGUGUUGGGUUUGCGCCAGAUAUAGCGUUUUCCUUGAUGGCCAAAAACGCUCAAUUUUAGUCUCAUCUGACCAGGGUACCUUCUUCCAUAUGUUUGGGGAGUCUCCCACAUGCCUUUUGGCGAACACCAAACAAGUUAGCUUUUUUUUUUCUUUAAGCAAGGGCUUUUUUCUGGCCACUCUUCCGUAAAGCCCAGCUCUGUGGAGUGUACAGCUUAAAGUGGUCCUAUGGACAGAUACUCCAAUCUCCGCUGUGGAGCUUCGCAGCUCCUUCAGGAUUAUCUUUGGUCUCUUUGUUGCCUCUGAUUAAUGCCCUCCUUGCCUGGUCCGUGAAUUUUGGUGGGCGGCCCUCUCUUGGCAGGUUUGUUGUGGUGCCAUAUUCUUUCCAUUUUUAAAUAAUUGAUUUAAUGGUGCUCUGUGGGAUGUUCAAAGUUUUUGAUAUUUUUUUAUAACCCAACCCUGAUCUGUACUUCUACACAACUUUGUCCCUGACCUGUUUGGAGAGCUCCUUGUUCUUCAUGGUGCCGCUUUCUUGGUGGUUCCCCUUGCUUAGUGGUGUUGCAGACUCUGGGGCCUUUCAGAGCAGGUGUAUAUAUACUGAGAUCAUGUGACAGAUCAUGUGACACUUAGAUUGCACACAGGUGGACUUUAUUUAACUAAUUAUGUGACUUCUGAAGGUAAUUGGUUGCACCAGAUCUUAUUUAGGGGCUUCAUAGCAAAGGGGGUGAAUACAUAUGCACGCACUACUUUUCUGUUAUUUAUUUUUUAGAAUUCUUUGAAGCAAGUUAUUUUUUUCAUUUCACUGUACCAAUUUGGACUAUUUUGUGUAUGUCCAUUUACAUGAAAUCCAAAUAAAAAUCCAUUUAAAUUACAGGUUGUAAUGCAACAAAAUAGAAAAAACGCCAAGGGGGAUGAAUACUUUUGCAAGGCACUGUAAAGCUGUUCGAAUGGUAUCCAAGAGGUUUAGACAGAGCAAAUCUACUCUUUGUUCAGACCGCAUGUGCACAAGUUUCUACCCUUUCUCGUCCAAUAGUGCCUUGGAGAGGGAGUUGAGCAAAUUGAUUUAAACAUUCUCCAAAUUGGACGAGAAAGGUAGCGACUUGUGCACAUGCAGUCUGACCAAAGAGUCAGUUUGCUCUGUCCAAACCUCUUGGCUCCUAAUCGAACAGCCUUAUUGCCCAGUGGCAAUAGCCUUCAGAUGGCCACUGGGCACAGAAGUGAGAGUGAAAUUAGAGCAACAUCCUACAAGGCUAUAAACUAGCUAGAAACCCUAACCUCCGUCUUCAAGAUUCAGUGCGGAAUUGUGUUGUUUUCUUUUCCUACCAGUAUCAUCGUUUAUCAGUUUAUCAGAUAAACUAUUUUCAGCUUUAGCUAAUUUAAAAUGGAGAGAGUGGAUGUGUGGAUAUGUGUGUAUGAUGAGAGACCGAAAGAGAAAGGAACAGAAAGCCAGAGAGAGGGGGAUAAAUAGAGAAAGAGAGAGAGAUGAGAGGAGCAGAGUGGCUCAAACAUUCAAUCAGACCAGAGACCACACUCCACUCCAGCUCUCUAGUUUCGGCCAACUCCUGAUUACUUCCAGCCCCGUCCAGUCGUUGUGCAUAUGUAUGUUCCUCUCCAGCUUCCUCUGGGACUCACCCGCAGGCCUUGGCUUGUCAUGAGAAAAAACAGUUGUAAUGACUAAAAAUGAGAAGCAGGGAAAUUUGUGAUAGGGCAGCUGGGUGCGUGUGUGUGUUUGCAUGCAUACAGUGGGGAGAAGAAGUAUUUGAUACACUGCCGAUUUUGCAGGUUUUCCUACUUACAAAGCAUGUAGAGGUCUGUAGUUUUUAUCAUAGGUACACUUCAACUGUGAGAGACGGAAUCUAAAACAAAAAUCCAGAAAAUCACAUUGUAUGAUUUUUAAGUAAUGUACCUGCAUUUUAUUGCAUGACAUAAGUAUUUGAUCACCUACCAACCAGUAAGAAUUCCGGCUCUCACAGACCUGUUAGUUUUUCUUUAAGAAGCCCUCCUGUUCUCCACUCAUUACCUGUAUUAACUGCACCUGUUUGAACUCGUUACCUGUAUAAAAGACACCUGUCCACACACUCAAUCAAACAGACUCCAACCUCUCCACAAUGGCCAAGACCAGAGAGCUGUGUAAGGACAUCAGGGAUAAAAUUGUAGACCUGCACAAGGCUGGGAUGGGCUACAGGACAAUAGGCAAGCAGCUUGGUGAGAAGGCAACAACUGUUGGCGCAAUUAUUAGAAAAUGGAAGAAGUUCAAGAUGACGGUCAAUCACCCUCGGUCUGGGGCUCCAUGCAAGAUCUCACCUCGUGGGGCAUCAAUGAUCAUGAGGAAGGUGAGGGAUCAGCCCAGAACUACACGGCAGGACCUGGUCAAUGACCUGAAGAGAGCUGGGACAACAGUCUCAAAGAAAACCAUAAGUAACACAUUACGCCGUCAUGGAUUAAAAUCCUGCAGCGCACGCAAGGUCCCCCUGCUCAAGCCAGCGCAUGUCCAGGCCCGUCUGAAGUUUGCCAAUGACCACCUGGAUGAUCCAGAGGAGGAAUGGGAGAAGGUCAUGUGGUCUGAUGAGACAAAAAUAAAGCUUUUUGGUCUAAACUCCACUCGCCGUGUUUGGAGGAAGAAGAAGAAGGAUGAGUACAACCCCAAGAACACCAUCCCAACCGUGAAGCGACGACUGCACCGUAUUGAGGGGAGGAUGGAUGGGGCCAUGUAUCGCGAGAUCUUGGCCAACAACCUCCUUCCCUCAGUAAGAGCAUUGAAGAUGGGUCGUGGCUGGGUCUUCCAGCAUGACAACGACCCGAAACACACAGCCAGGGCAACUAAGGAGUGGCUCCGUCAGAAGCAUCUCAAGGUCCUGGAGUGGCCUAGCCAGUUUCCAGACCUGAACCCAAUAGAACAUCUUUGGAGGGAGCUGAAAGUCCGUAUUGCCCAGCGACAGCCCCGAAACCUGAAGGAUCUGGAGAAGGUCUGUAUGGAGGAGUGGGCCAAAAUCCCUGCUGCAGUGUGCGCAAACCUGGUCAAGACCUACAGGAAACGUAUGAUCUCUGUAAUUGCAAACAAAGGUUUCUGUACCAAAUAUUAAAGUUCUGCUUUUCGCAAAUUAAUUACUUAAAAAUCAUACAAUGUGAUUUUCUGGAUUUUUUACAGACCUCUACAUGCUUUGUAAGUAGGAAAACCUGCAAAAUCGGCAGUGUAUCAAAUACUUGUUCUCCCCACUGUACGUGUGUCCUGUGUAGCUCAGUUGGUAGAGCACGGCGCUUGCAACGCCAGGGUUGUGGGUUCGUUUCCCACGGGGGGCCAGUAUGAAAAUGUAUGCACUCACUAACUGUAAGUCGCUCUGGAUAAGAGCGUCUGCUAAAUGACUAAAAUGUAAAAUAUGUGUGUGUGUGUGUGUGUGUGAGAGCAAACAACCCUCUCCAGUGUUCACUAACAAAGUGCAGCAUUAUUGCGCUGGAGGAAAGGAAACAUAAACCCCUCAUCCUAUUCCCAUCUGUUGCUUCGGCUCCCAUUCACAACCGUAAAUACUAUACCCCCUAAAAACAGACCAAGAACACAAACCUCCUAAUUACUUCCAUAUGUGUUCGUGUGUGCUAUUGGCUACGUUCUUGAACGUCCCCCUGAAAGAUAGGUUGUGGCUAGGACUGCAACGGUUCUUGAUCUUACGCCUCAUCACGAAUUAAUUAAGAAUGAUAAAGUCUAUUACAGUAGCCUAUCUCUCCUACAGUACCUGCUGGAACAAUGCAAUGUAGUCCUGCAAGUGCCCAACUGUACCUUUUUGUACCUGCCAACUGUACCUGCAAGUUCCCAACCGGGCCUAACUGGACCUUUUUUAUAAUGGCCAAGGCCCCACCAAGCACACUGCUUUUAUAGGUACACAUAUUGAAAUAAAAUGGAGCUCUUUAUUAAUGGUUUUAUUAGUGGUGCCCGUUUUUAAUGGUUAGCAUUAGCCUCAGCAGCUGCAGGCCAAUCAGAAAUGUAACAUACGCACAAAAGCUUAUUUCUCUCAAAUGUUGUCCACAAAUUGUUAGUGAGCAUUUCUCCUUUGCCAAGAUAAUCCAUCCACCUGACAGGUGUGGCAUAUCAACAAGCUGAUUAAACAGCAUGAUCAUUACACAGGUGCACCUUGUGCUGGGGACAAUAAAAGGUCAGUUUUGUCACACAACACAAUGCCACAGAUGUCUCAAGUUUUGAGGGAGCGUGCAAUUGGCAUGCUGACUGUAGAAAUGCCUACCAGAGCUGUUGUCAGAGAAAUGAAUGUUCAUUUCUCUACCAUCCAACGUCGUCUUGGAGAAUUUGGCAGUAUGUCCAACCGGCCUCACAACCGCAGACCAAGUGUAACCACGCCAGCCCAGGACCUCCACAUCCGGCUUAAUCACCAGCGGGAUCGUCUGGGGGGGGGGGGGGCGUUUGAUGAGGAGUAUUUCUGUCUGUAAUAAAGCCCUUUUGUGGGGAAAAACUCAUUCUGAUUGGCUGGGCCUGGCUCCCCAGUGGGUGGGCCUAUGCCCUCCCAGGCCCACCCAUGGCCUCUGCCCAGUCAUGUGAAAUCCAUAGAUUAGGGCCUAAUGAAUUUAUUUCAAUUGACUGAUUUCAUUAUAUGAACUGUAACUCAGUAAAAUCUUUGAAAUUGUUGCAUGUUGCGUUUUAUAUAUUUGUUCAGUAUAUAUUACAUUGUCAUUUAUGCGAUGGCUCAAGAUUGUGCCCACGUUCUUGGCUUCAUCUUUCAUGGCCCCUUGGGAUUUGAUUUCUGACUCAUAACCUCCCGAGUGGCGCAGUGUUCUAAGGCACUCCAUCGCAGUGCUAGCUGUGCCACUAGAGAUCAUGGUUCGAAUCCAGGCUCUGUCGUAGCCGGCCGCAACCGGGAGACCCAUGGGGCGGCGCACAAUUGGCCCAGCGUCGUCCAGGGUAGGGUAGGGGAGGGAAUGGCUGGCAGGGAUGUAGCUCAGUUGGUAGAGCAUGGUGUUUGCAACGCCAGAGUUGUGGGUUAGAUUCCCACGGGGGGCCAGUAUGAAAAAUAAAGAAAAAAUGUAUGCACUCACUAACUGUAAGUUGCUCUGGAUAAGAGCGUCUGCUAAAUGACUAAAAAUGUUUUUUUUUAAAUAGCCACGUUUGCUCAGAUCUGUGAGUUUUGGCAUUUAAUGCUAGUCUUGUUCAAUUUGCCAUAGCAAUAAUACUGUAUUAAAAAGUUACAUAUUGCAGCAUUAAUUCUGUAUCCCAUAUUGUGUUGUUUAAUAUACACUCUGAGAUUAGACUUCCUCGUAGGCAACAGAGCGUCUACUCUUCACAGUGCUGGCGAAUGUCAAUAUUCUUUAGUGAACAUUGUGCCCUAACUCAACCACUUGAGUCAGGUGUUUCCUGUUCUUGAUUAGAGUCCAGUAGAUUCUUGCUCUCCUGCUACAUUCCAAGCCCUCUUCAAACAAGUGUGUGAAGUCACAUGUCUGCCUGUAUUUGUCAUCAUGACCAUUUUCAUUGAGUUCAACAACAGUUCGCCACAGUUAGCCACAGCAUGGGAUUUAAACUAGCAAGAAUAUACACUACCGUUCAAAAGUUUGGGGUCACUUAGAAAUGUCCUUGUUUUCCAUGAAAACAUACAUGAAAUGAGUUUGAAUAGAAAAUAUAGCAAAAUGCAUAGGAAAUGUAGUCAUUGACAAGGUUAGAAAUCAUGAUUUUUUUUAUAGAAAUAAUAAUUGUGUCCUUCAAACUUUGCUUUCGUCAAAGAAUCCUCCAUUUGCAGCAAUUACAGCCUUGCAGACCUUUGGCAUUCUAGUUGUCAAUUUGUUGAGUGAAUCUGAAGAGAUUUCACCCCAUGCUUCCUGAAGCACCUCCCACAAGUUGGAUUGGCUUGAUGGGCACUUCUUACGCACCAUACGGUCAAACUGCUCAACAGUGUAGUCACUAUUUUAGUUGAUGAAAUGAACACUGCAUACUAGCACUCAGUGCGCACUGGAGCCCUGCGCUAACAGUGACGAUGUCAUCCAGAAGCAUGACAGACAAUGGAUGAAUAUAAAAUGUUAAGGCAUGUUUGGAACAUGAUUCAUGGUGAUUCACCAGCAUGGUCUGUUUUUAAAAUGUUUUCAUUUGAUCCCACAGAAAUACUGUUUCAGACAAGUGUCAGACGACAUCCAUUUUGUUUCAGAUCCAAAUGCAUGAUAUAUGCAGGCUAUCUAUCAUAUGAUUUACUGUAUCUCCUUUCAACAAAGUACAUUCACUCAUCUUAUAAUUCAUGCACAGUGUCUAUAGAUUCAGAAUCACUAGAACAAUCUAUUUAGAUAUGAUCAGACCUUAUUUCCUUGCAGGUUCUUAAUCAGUCAGACAAUUUUCACUUCCCCUGGCCCAGACAGAUUUGACAUAUAAAUAGGACAUAUUUAUACCAUGGCAUUGUUGAAUACUUGUUUCUGAUUGGCUUGAAGGUUAUUCUAGAGCGUGCAUUAUUUCCCUACAACGCACGGUAUAUUUGCACGGUAUAAUUCAAUGGCUAGAUUUCAUUCUUACAUAUUCUAUGUUUGAGCUGCUUUUGAAAGCAAAAGUCGAAUUGAAAACAUUGUUGAAUUACAUUUUAAUAAUAGCAAGCUAGGACUGAUGGUUUGGUUAGCUAAGCUAGCAAGUCUGUUUGUUUGGUUUCCAAGGCAACUACUGUCGCUAUCUAGUAAACUUGCUAGCUACCUCAGUGGAUGUUGAACACAUUUCUACCUGCAAAUGAACACAUUUCCAGCUGUAAAUGUGUUAAAUUAUAGCCAUGCGUUCUCAGGAAAAUAAUGCAACACCGUGGAAGGGUAGUUACAACACCGUGGAAGGGUAGUUCCAACACCGUGGAAGGGUAGUUCCAACACCGUGGAAGGGUAGUUACAACACCGGGGAAGGGUAGUUACAACACCGGGGAAGGGUAGUUACAACACCGGGGAAGGGUAGUUACAACACCGUGGAAGGGUAGUUACAACACCGUGGAAGGGUAGUUACAACCCCGUGGAAGGGUAGUUACAACCCCGUGGAAGGGUAGUUACAACACCGUGGAAGGGUAGUUACAACACCGUGGAAGGGUAGUUCCAACACCGUGGAAGGGUAGUUCCAACACCGUGGAAGGGUAGUUCCAACACCGUGGAAGGGUAGUUCCAACACCGUGGAAGGGUAGUUCCAACACCGUGGAAGGGUAGUUACAACACCGUGGAAGGGUAGUUACAACACCGUGGAAGGGUAGUUACAACACCGUGGAAGGGUAGUUCCAACACCGUGGAAGGGUAGUUACAACACCGUGGAAGGGUAGUUACACUCCGCUAGCGCGUCGUGGAACACACCUUCAUUAUUUUCCAGAGAACACAUAGCCCUUCGUUGAUUAGCCCUUACUUUUUUUGUUUAUUUUAUUAUUAAUUUUUUUUUAAUUUUUUUUUUUAUAUUUUUUUCAGGGGAUGGAUCAGCUUAAUAUUGCAGAUAGAUUGUAUCUUCUAUCAAUGUAAUUGUCUGCAUCACUUCCAAUCCCCCAUGUUUUUUUUAUUUUUUAUAUAUAUAUUCCCCUUUAUUACUUUUCAACCCCACCAUCCUUUCCCUACUUGGAGUAAAUUAGUGAACAACAACGCCCAGGCCUCUACUUCCGGUCUAUACUUACUAUCUACACCUUAUGGACAGAGUUAAUUUUACAAUAAUUCUAUAUCUAUAUCUAUAUAUAUAUAUAUAUAUAUUUAUUUAUUUUUUUGCUCCUGAACUUCUUCUACUCUCAACCUCUCCGAUCAUUUUCAUGAUGUCCAUCCGGUUUGCUUCUAAAUGCCAUAUCUUUCUAACUGUGCUCUUUCCCAAAAGCUCCCAACAUACAACCUAUAUACUUAUUAUGGACACAGUAUGCUUACAUUAUUAGCUAUCUUUGUUAUUAUUUGUUGUUAUUUGUUAUUAGUCCCAUCCUUCAACUCUAUUCAAUACCUCCCAUCUAUCUCUUAACACCAUCCAUAUAGGAUUUCUAUUUGCCAUAUAUAUUUCAACCAUACUGUGAUGUUUUACAAAAGUUCUGAACCUUUCUAUUCUCAUUGCUUCUACAGAUUGUGAAUUAAAAAUAAACAUUUUUGCUAAAAGUAUUAUUAUAUUAUUGAUUGAUUGACUAUGACUUUUCAGAUCACCCAGUAAUGCUAUCUGCAAGGUUAGUUCCAGGUAAAUAUUGCAAUCCUUUAGCCAUUCCUGGACCUGUGUCCAAAAACAAGCUACAAAUGGACAGAACCAAAACAAAUGAUCUAAUGAUUCUAUCUCUUCACAGCAAAAUCUGCAGAGCUGGGAAGAUUGUAUCCCCCAUAUAAAUAACAUUCUAUUGGUAGCAAGAAUUUUAUAUAAUAAUUUAAAUUGAAAGAUUCUAAUUUUUGAAUCCGGUGUCGUUUUGCGUGUCAGUUCAUAAACACUAUGCCAUGGGAUCGGUACGUCAAAGAUCUCUUCCCAACUAUUUUGCAAUCUAUAUGGGACUGCUGUCAAUCCUUUGGUCCUUAAGUGAAACUGAUAUACUUUUUUAUUUAUCACAGUUUUCCUUAACCAAUUAUGUUCUUUAAUGCAAGGCCGACAGACAAGUUCCUUACUUUCUCCCCCUUCAACUUUCCUCUUCCACUUUUGCGGUAAGGCUGCAAUUAUUUGGUUGUAAUUUUGGGUAGAGCAGACAUUUCCAUAUGUUUUUGUUAGCUGCAUGUGCGACAUAACUCCACCAGUCCUACCGAUGAUAUCAUUUACGAAGAUUAUACCUUUUUUAAACAUUCUGUCAAAAAAUAAAGGUUUUUUGUCAAUUAGUAUAUUUGAAUUUAACCACAAUAUUUGUUGCAUUAUUUGUUCUGUCGUUUCUGGAGGAUUAAAUUGAAAUUGCAACCAACUUUCUAUGGCUUGUUUUAGAAAUAGUGACAUUUGGGAGAUUAUUUCCUUUUCAAAUAACUGAAAGUGAGAGGUUGUAAUCUGAAUAAAGGGAAAAAGGCCUUUCUUGAACAGUGGGUGAGACAAUCUUACUAAUUUGCUUGAGAACCAGUUCGGAUUUAAGUAUAACUUUUGGAUGACUGAAGAUUUUAGUGAUAGGUCUAAUGCUUUAAUAUUUAAUAAUUUCUGUCCUCCGAAUUCAUAUUCAUUAUAUAAAUAUGCUCUUUUAAUUUUGUCUGGCUUGCCGUUCCAAAUAAAAUUGAAUAUUUUUUUCUCAUAUAAUUUAAAAAACUGUUUGCUAGGCGUAGGCAAGACCAUAAGCAAAUAGGUAAACUGGGAUAAUACUAAAGAGUUAAUCAGGGUGAUUUUUCCACAAAUUGACAGGUAUUUUCCUUUCCAUGGUAGUAAGAUCUUAUCUAUUUUUGCUAACUUUCUAUUAAAAUUUAUUGAAGUGAGAUCAUUUAUUUCCUUUGGGAUAUGUAUUCCGAGUAUAUCCACAUCACCAUCAGACCAUUUUAUUGGUAAACUACAUGGUAAUGUAAAAAUUGUAUUUUUUAGUGAUCCAAUACGUAAUAUAGUACAUUUGUCAUAAUUUGGUUUUAAUCCAGAGAGGUUAGAAAAUGUAUCUAGAUCCUCUAUGAGGCUGUGGAGGGAUUCUAGUUGUGGAUCUAAAAGAAAACAUGAAUCAUCUGCGUACAAUGACACCUUUGUUUUUAAGCCCUGUAUUUCUAAUCCUCUGAUAUUAUUAUUGGAUCUGAUUUUGAUAGCUAACAUCUCGAUGGCCACAAUAAAUAGAUAUGCCGAUAGUGGACAACCUUGUUUCACUCCUCUUGACAGUUUGAAACUUUCUGAGAAAUAGCCAUUAUUUACUAUUUUACACCUAGGGUUACUAUACAUGAUUUUGACCCAUUUUAUAAGAGAUUCUCCAAAAUUGAAAUGCUCCAGGCAUUUAUAUAUAAAUUCCAGUCGAACUUUAUCAAAUGCCUUUUCGAAGUCUGCUAUGAAUAGCAGGCCUGGUUUCCCAUAUUUUCCAUAGUGUUCUAUUGUUUCCAAUACUUGCCUUAUAUUAUCUCCAAUGUAUCUUCCAUGUAAAAAACCUGUCUGAUUAGAAUGAAUAAUAUCCGACAAUACCUUUUUAAUUCUAUGCGCUAUACAUUUUGCUAGGAUUUUUGCAUCACAACACUGAAGUGUAAGGGGCCUCCAAUUUUGUAAAUGGACUGGAUCUUUAUAUUUUCCACUUGUAUCCUGUUUCAGUAAUAAUGAGAUCAGACCUUCUUCUUGAGUGUCAGAUAAUCUACCAUUUACAUAGGAGUGGUUAAAACAUGAUUAGCCCUUACUUAUUCUAUUCUACUGAGCCAUUUACUUUAUGUUCGUAUUCUUAUCUUUUGAUUAUUUCUUAUUGUUGUUGCAUUGUCGAGAAGGAAGUAAGCGUUUUGUUGCGUACCCCAUACAUAAGACUAAUAAAACCUGAAACACGCUACAUUAGAACAAAUGUGGCCAACCAAAGCAGGAAGUAGUGUAGGCCGCACUAAAAACAAGCUGCAGUUGGCUUAGGGUCUGAUCAUUAGUCACAUGACAUUGCGACACACAGGAAUGCUGUCUUCUUCGCUUUCAAAUCUGAGGUAAUUCGUUGGAAAUGUAAACACACUUAAUGAUAGAAUAGGCCCAAUCCCAAAACAUACACACACAUAAGUCUGUGGUGACUUAUUAAUAUCCUAACAGACUCCAAUCCAUUUGUUAAACACAACCUAAUGAUAAACAAGUCUUCCUACUGCCAUUUGCAGGAAACGUUGACAUGUACAGAAUCAUCAUGGAAUAGGCAGUCCCAACACGUGUGCACUACUUUAGAGAAAGUAGGUCUGCGAACACUUAACCGUCUUGUUAAACCCUGUUCCCUAAACACAACCUGAUGAUAAACAAUUAGAACAUUCCACUUCUUUUUUGCGAAGCUGCUGGAAAUUGCAAAAUUUUGAGAAAACCAGAAACAUAUGCUUUAACUCCUAUCCUCCUUGUGGUGGUAAUGGUCUCCUGCCUUAUUUUCUAAUGGUGGUAAUGGUCUAUCUACUGCCUUCUUUUCUAAUGGUGGUAAUGGUCUAUCUACUGCCUUCUUUUCUAAUGGUGGUAAUGGUCUAUCUACUGCCUUCUUUUCUAAUGGUGGUAAUGGUCUACUGCCUUCUUUUCUAAUGGUGGUAAUGGUCUAUCUACUGCCUUCUUUUCUAAUGGUGGUAAUGGUCUAUCUACUGCCUUCUUUUCUAAUGGUGGUAAUGGUCUAUCUACUGCCUUCUUUUCUAAUGGUGGUAAUGGUCUCCUGCCUUCUUUUCUAAUGGUGGUAAUGGUCUCCUGCCUUCUUUUCUAAUGGUGGUAAUGGUCUAUCUACUGCCUUCUUUUCUAAUGGUGGUAAUGGUCUAUCUACUGCCUUCUUUUCUAAUGGUGGUAAUGGUCUACUGCCUUCUUUUUCUGAUGGAAAAAGGACUUAGUUCUAAAUAAAGCCUAAAUAAAUACGUUUCUCUCCAAACUCAUAGAAAGUGUCAUCCCGUUCCUUGUAGACAGUGCUGGUUGAGGACAUUAAUGUUGGCUUUAUAGUCAGACGGUUGCAGGAGGCUCAUCUUCAUGCAGAAUGUACGUCUUCCUGUCCCUUUUGAUGAAUAUUUGUGGGCUGUUAACAGUAUUUACAACACCAGGGUCAUGUCUUACUGCUUGCAUCUUUUAAAGUUCUCCCAUCUUGCAUUUUAUAGUUGUAUCCAACCUAUACAUUGGUACUGCAUAAUAAUACAUCACUUUUAUAUUUCAUUUGUCUAGAGGACAACCCUAUAUGCCAAUGGAGUGACAGCAUUGAGUUGGAUAUAGACUACCAUUGGUUGUCCUUAUUUUCCCCAAUAUCCACGAAUGAUGUGACAGCAUGUGGUUCCAUACUGUCUCCUGAUUUGUUGUCAUGGUCCGUCUGCACAGAUGACGUGUCCGGCAGCAGCACUGAGUAUCCAGACCGCGUGUCCAUGAUGGAGGGGCGUCUGCAGUCGCAGGAAGAUGAGAUCAUGCUGCUGAAGUCAUCACUGGCUGACGCGCUACGCAGGCUCCGCCUCCACGACCAGUUGAUCCCCCUGCUUAAACAGCAGAUCAUCGCAGGUGGAUGGCCAACCAUCAGACCACAGUUGUACUCUUUUCACAUUAUCGUGCCCGAACCGUACUGUGCUGGCUUGGAUAUUUUCUUUCCAGCACGGUUCCAGCAAAUAUCUUGGAUGUUUAACCAGGCCAGUACAGUGCAGCUCGGCUCUGCUUGGCUUGGCUCAGUAGUGUGAAAUGGGUUGUAGAUGAUUGGGUUUGAGUAAUAUAAACUUAAAAUGGUAAUAUGUAACUUUUGGGGCGACCCGACCAAAUUCACAUAGAAAUUGAGUUAUAGAUCUAUCAUUCUACUUAAAAGCAAGUCUAAGCGGUAGAUCUGUUCUAUGUGCGCUAUUUCUAUGCUUCCCGUUCUGAAGUUUUGUUUUUGCGUCUUUUACUUUCGGUUUUGUACACCAGCUUCAAACAGCUGAAACAACAAUAUUUUUGGUUAUGGAAAAUAUAUUUCACAGCUGUUUAGAUGGAACAAUAAUUCUCUACACUAUACUGGUUUAUUUUGUCACAUAAACUGACAUUAGGCAAACUAUUAAAGUUUUAGCAACCAGGAAAUGGCGGAGCGAUUUCUGCAUAGUGCAACUUUAACUACAGUACACAAUACAUAAGCUGUAUCCAAUACAUUAUCCUCCCCAUGAUAUGCCCUAUGUCUUGUGCUUCUAUGAAAAUUCCAUCCUUGCACUAAAUGUGUGUGAUUGUGUCCAUUUUGUUUGUGUGUGUCUUGUUAUAUGUGUUCUCAGUAAACCCUGCAGCCGCCCGUGUCCUGAACCAGGUUUACAGCUCUGAGGGUUUCUCCAGCUCCCCUAAACUGUCCUACAGCUCAGCCCUCGACGGCCCCAGCCACCCUGCCACCAGGUACUGUGCCAGGCCAGUGCAGAGGGACUGUGGGCAUAGAAUGGAUUGGCUGGCAUGUUUGUCCAGAGCCAUAUAUGGAAAUAAGGCAUAGUUUGCUCAGUCAAAGCUUUGGACUUCAUGACCAGAAUGUUAUGUAGGUAGGUAGGUAGGUGUAUAGAUGUAUGUGUAUAUUUAUAUGUGUAACAUUCAUAGACUGUCUUUUUCAUAGUCCUUGUCCCAAUCUAAAAUGUAUUUAGCACCUAGCCCACUAUUGCUAUUUUAUCCGCCUUGAUUCUAAAUGUACAUGUUGUUUUUAUUGUAUAUAAUUGUAUAUAUUUUUCCCUCAGUAGAGCUUUGAGAUAUAACUAUAAUGAAAAGCGCUAUACAAAUUAAAUGUAUUAUUAUACUGUAUAUACAUUCAGUUUAUUAGGUACACUCAUCUAGUUGCCUCCAGAACAGCCUGAAUUCUUCGGGGCAUGGAUUCUACAAGAUGUCGGAAACAUUUGUUGCUCAAAUGGUAUCAAGGGACCUAACGUGUGCCAGGAAAACAUUCCCCACACCAUUACACCACCAGCAUGUACCGUUGACACCAGGCAGGCUGGGUCCAUAGACUCAUGCUGCUUAAGCCAAAUCCUGACUAUGUCAUCAGCGCGACGCAACAGGAACCGGGAUUUGUCAGACAAGGCAAUGAUUUCCCACUCCUCAAUUUUCCAGUGUUGGUGAUCGUGUGCCCACUGGAGACGCUUCUUCUUGUUUUUAGCUGAUAGGAGUGGAACCCGGUGUGGUCGUUUGCAGCAUUAGCCCAUCCAUGACAAUGAUCGACGAGUUGUGUGUUCUGAGGUGCCGGUCUGCACACCACUGUUGUACUGUGCUGUUAUUUGUUUGUUUGUGGACCGCCUGUUAGCUUGCACGAUUCUUGCCAUUCUCCUUCGACCUCUCUCGUGAACUAGCUGUUUUCCCCCACAGGACUGCCGCUGACUGGAUGUUUUUAGUUUGUCGCACCGUUCUCAGUAAACCCUAGACACUGUUGUGGUGAAAAGCCCAGGAGGGUAGGCGUUUCUGAGAUACUGGAUCCUGCAUGCCUGGCACCGACGAUCAUACCAUGCUCAAAGUCGCUUAGGUCACACAUUUUUCCCAUUCUCACGUUCAAAUGAACAGGAACUGAAUGCCUCGAUGCCCGUCUGCCUGCUUUAUAUUGCAAGCCACGGCCACGUGACUCACUGUCUGUAGGAGCGAUCAAUUUUCGUGAACGGGGUGUACCUAAUAAACUGUCCAGUGAGUCUCUCUCUCUCUCCUCUCUCCUCUCCUCUCUCUCUCGCUCUCUCUCUCUAUAUAUAUAUAUAUAUGCAUUCAACUUGAAUAGGAAAGUCUUGUUAUUAGAGUUGAGUAAAUUGAUAGUAUUCAGUUUUUCAUUAUGAUGUUUGUUUGUAUUCUCUCUUUACUACACUUUGUGUGUAUUUAGCCAAGUACUAAACAGGAUGGAAGGUGAGAAUGGCUAUAAUGGGGACUCUGCAUCCCCGGGCCCCAUACAUAAGACCCCAACGAAUGAUCAGGCUACCCAAACAGACCUCACUCCUCUGGUGCAGGACCAGGGGCUAGACAGGGUCCCCCUGGCUCUCACCAGGCCCGUCCAGAGCCUCUCCCUGGAGGAUGCCCUCCCUGAGGGGAUGUCUCUGACGGAGGAGGCCCGGGCCAAGCUCCACCGCGUCCAGGAGGAAGGGGAGGAAGGGGAGAAGGAGAAGGACCUGAGCUGGGCGUCUUCCGUAGAGGAGCCCAUCCACCCCACCACCAUCAGGAGCCUCCAGAGAGAUGACCUCCAGGACCAAAAUGGCUCCACGGAGAGCCUGAGCUCAGCCCCCCAGCCCCCCAUCUCGGGGUCCCCAGCCCCCCCAAAGGACAUGUCCCCCAGCCCCCGGCGCAGUCCUCUCUCCACCAUCCUGGAGGGCGAGAAGAAACCCCUGUGCGUUGACGCCACCUCUCCUCCUCUUCUCCAUUCCUACCUGAUUGCUUUUGGGGGAAAUCACCUCUUUUUGACACGGUCUCUUAUUCUCUAUGAUUGUGUUACUACAAACCCCUAGUGUCAAAAUCUAAUCAUCAGUUUGCGGUAGCCAGUUUUCUGAUUCUAUUAUGUUGCGUUAUGGAAAGCCUUCAGGGACUGGGGAGCAGACCUUACGUCUCUCCCGCUGGAUCUGGCUGCUGUGUUAUUUUCCAUUUGUUUGAACAGGGGGCUAAAUGUGAGUGACUGGUAACAUCAUUCAUGAAUGCACACUAACCUGAUGAUCAAAUCUGAGCCUCACCCUUUAAUUCAAGCAUGGAUUGAUUCAGCAUGAUUUCCUGCAUGUAGAUAUUUCAAUGGGGCUUUUCAUCUGACUUUCUUUUGGGAGAUCUUUUGCAGCAUUCUGCUCUAUAAUCACACAAAUAAUUUUACAGCUUCCUCUCUGUGUGUGUGUGUGUGUGUGUGUGUAUGCACAUAUGUGGUUGUGUGUUUUGUUGAUGUUUUGUUUGCUUGUAAUUACUUGCAAGAGGCCUGUUGCCGAUUGAUAGCAUAUGUUUCUGUCCAGGAAGAAGUCAGUUAGCUCAACCCUGCCACACCAUGUAAACUAAGAGGUACUAAGACAGUGGUGUCUAAGUUAUGUACAAGACUAUGAACUGGGCUAUUCCGUUCCAAACUGAACCACUAGGUACUAUAUGUAUGUGUGUUAUCAUUAGGAGCCACAGUGGAGACCCACUGGGAAAAGACUGGUUGAAUGAACCAGUUUUUCAACGUCAUUUAAACCCCCCCAAAAAACAAUGUGAUGACGUUGAAUCAACAUUGAAAACUAAUUGGAUUUGCAAAAAGUCAUCAACUUAAGGGCAUUUUGAUUUAUUUUCACCCAACUUUUAACUUAAAUCCAAUGACAUAGUGAUUUUUUUUUUUGUUGAAUUCACAUUAGUUGACAACUCAACCAAAUGUAAAUCAAAACUAGAUGUUGAACUGACGUCUGUGCCACAUGGGGAGGAAGUCAUCUGGGUUUCACUUCCUAUUAUGUAUUGUAUUGGAACGUCGUUGGUCACAUGACAAGGGCCAUUUCCUCUGAUUAUUGGUCAAGUCGUUAUCAGGAAAAUGUGUGUGUGUGUUCCAGGAAAUCUCUGCCCCUUGGGUGUCUCUGUUUGUGUGUGUGCAUGCCUCUGUGUGCAAGUGUGUGUGUUUAUUAGUGUGUGUGUGUGUGUGUGUGUGUGUGUGUGUGUGUGUGUGUGUGUAACCCUGCAUAUGAAUCCUCUAACGCUCCCUAUUCUGUCGUUGUCCAGAGCUCGCAGGAACAGUGAGAAACUGGCGAAGGACCCCCAGGAGAAGACGACCAAACGCCUGGACAAAAAGGCAGCGUCCUCGGCCAACCUACUCAACCGCUCCCCCAGCCUGGAGAGGUGAGAGAAGUCCGGUCCGUCAGCAAGACCGUCUUUCAAACUUGUUGUCACAUCACAUUUUCCUACGGCUGCAUAAACAUUACAUAUUUCACCAAGUAGUCACUCAUUGGAGUGCGCUUUCUUCUACAAUAUUAAAAUGACUUUCCCAUGAAAGGUCUUGCGAUCCCCCAGUUGCGUGAGCUGGGCCCAAAGACUGUCUAAUAUAACAGUUGGUCCCAGUGGUUGAAAGAGAGUCUCUAGGAUAUAAUGUGUCUGUCUAACAGUUGUUGUUUCUUUUCUCACAGCCGGGCCAAGGAUCUCAUCGCCAGAGCAGGUAAUGCAUAUCCAACAACACUACUCUCUCCAGACUAGGGUUGCAACCAGGAUUUCUGGAAACCAGGGAUUUUAAUGAAAGUUCCCGGAAAUUUGCAACCCUACUCCAGACGUUCUAUAAUGCUUUAUUCAAUCUUACUCUCUAUAUAGGCUUAAAUGACUGACUGACAGACUGCAGGCCAGAUCUAGACUAACUUUUCAUUCCCCUUCUUUAGUUUGGCACACUAAACUGCAUACAAAAUGUCAAAUAUAUUAUUCAGACAGAGCAAUACCCAUGCUUGCGGUUAACUUUUCAGCUUUUAACGAGCGUGGGCUUGGAGUGUGGAUUAGCUUUAUAAUGGGACUCUUUCCCAAACCAGAGAGAGUUAGAGCACAGUCCCUCUUUGAUUGUCUUUAAUUGUCUCUAAGUAUUUACCAGUUGGACCUAAUGGGGAUUCAAUUGGCGGAAAAUCAGUUUCAUAUGCCCAUCAGAUUAGCAUAAUAGUCUGCAAAUGUGAUCAAUGAGCCACAAGACAAGGGGUUUACACUAGACAAAGGAUGCAUGGAGUGAGCCUUCAAAAGAGCUUAAGUCCGUAUCGGAGCAUACUACUACAACAAUACUACUACUACUACUACUACUACUACAACAACAAUACUACUACUACAACAACAACAAUACUACUACUACUACUACUACUACUACUCUACACAUUAUAAUAAUGACAGUCAUAAAAGUGACUGACCACUGGACAUUGCAUCAUCUAGUCGUCUAUAGGCCCAAAGGUUACUUAGAGUUCAUCACAGUCCAUCCCUCCGCCCGCCACACACUAAAAAAACCCUGGUCAGAAAUAUCCCUCAUCAUACUGGGAUCACAGGAAAACCAGUGGGUCACGUUUUUAUGAGGCAGAACGUUCCUGACGUUAAACACAGGACAGUCUGUUUAGUACUCCGGCGUUCCCUGGAAAGCCAUUCAUUGUGGUAAGCCGUGCUGCGCACCACUCAGAAACUCCUGACGGGAUGUUGGAUAGAUGUGUUUACUGGAGAAGGAAGGACGUUGUUGUUGUUUUUUUGGUCUCUGUUUCUCUUUCUGUGAGCUGGCCAGGACUAGACUUAUUAACUUAUUCUCUGUCUCUCAGAGUUGGCUUGGGACAGGUCUGCCUGUAUUCAGCAUGAGUUAGGUCUCUCCUGCAUCACGAGAGGGCUGUAAAGUGUAACCAGGUCAUUUAGAAAAGCAAUAACUGAAUUGAACUAUAUCCUACUCACUAUAUCCUAACUGAAUGUCCAUACUUGGAAGUGGCGAUAGUGUGGAAAUGCCACUCAAUUCUAAAUCAAUCAAAACCAGUAAUUUAUGUGUUUCAACAGGGUCCAGGAACGGUAUGGAGUUGACCUAUGGGGACAUUCCAAGUAGUGUCAACAAUGACUAAUAAAAAAGCUAUCUAACAAAACGGGUCAUUACUAUAUAGUUAAACUGCAGACUUUCCCUCCCUUGGGAUGUGAACCCUGCCUUUAGUUUUACAACCUUUUCAUAGUGAGACAGACCGAUGGGUCAAGCCCCUAUUACCACCAGAAACAUCCCAAAUCAGAAACUUCAACAUCUAAAACCCAUUCUCCUCUCCCCCAACUUUUUAGAUUGAAGUAACAGUCAUCUAGGUGACAGGCCUGAUGUUGGAAAACAUCCCCUCUGGUUUCCUCAAAGACCUCAUUCGACCGGCUCUGAAUCUGGUCCCUAAGGGUCCGUAAUGUCAGAGCAUGAUCUGCUCUGCUGGAAUCAGCUGUGAUUUAGUGUUCCUAGAAUCCUUGUUUAUUUGUCUCUCUCUCGCUCUCUUCUUCUUUUCCUCUCUCUCGCACUCCCGCUCUCGCUCGUAGGAUCUCCCGGAUCCAGACGAGGAACCCAAGGUAUGAGACAUCAUGUGUUCACUGUUAUGUCAUUCAACUACACGUAGGGGCUUGGGAUUCGUACAGGCUAAUGGUACAGCACAGUUGACUUAUUGUUAUGGAGUGAAUUGUUGGUAUAUAUUGUAGCUUUACCAGGGCUUUGGUAGUUUAGGCAGGCCAUGGAAAGAGCAAAGAAGUUGAGGAUAACAUUGAGAAAGUUCAUAUUGACCCAUGGAAGCAAUUGGAGAUAAAUAUGGAGCCAUGGUCCAGUCUUGUCAUACAUCAUUUUUCUCCCUCUCUCAUUGGCUGACAGGUCAAUCAAUCAAGAUGUUCAUCCGUGGUCGACCAAUCACCAUGUAUGUCCCCUCCAACAUCCAGAACUAUGAGGACCUGAGGAUGGAGCCACCUGUAGAGAAACUGGAACUCGAUUGGGUGUAUCCUUCCUGAGUCCCUCCCACAAGUCACGACCAAUGGGGCGUUGAUAUAGCAGCAUUUUAGUUUUUAAAUUAUAUUCAUGGUUGAUUAGAAUGUUUGAUAUUCUAUAGUGCUAAGUUUCUUGGAUGAAAGCCAUAAAGUCCAUAUUGCCCAUCAGUCAGAUAGAGAAACAUAUUUAAGUUAUCUAAUGUCCUUGAGCCAAUCCAUCCUCUCUUCAGGUGAAUGGAAGUUAUGUCAUCCAUAAAUCACCUAUUAUAGGUGUAGCUGUGGGUGAAAUUGCUUUAGGCUCAAUUAAUGAUUUAGACUGAUGAACCAAUGAGACGAUUCAGUGAUGUCACCUUGACUGGAGCCGCAUAGUUACGGUUACCGGGGGCGGGACUGCCGGGCCAACCUGUACCUGCUGUCGUCGGGUGAGGCGGUGUACUUCAUCGCCUGUGUGGUGGUGUUGUACCACAUCAACAACCGCACGCAGCGCCACUACCGCAAACACACCGACUGUGUCCGCUGGUGAGUGGCUCAGGCCCAACCUUGACCUCUCGUGUCAUUACAUAACUGUACAAAAUCAACUAAAACCAAUUGUGAGAAUUGAUUAUGAAGUUUAAUGAAUAUGACGCUUAAUGAUAUCCCAAUUUUUCUUUAAUUCAGUCUGACCAUCCAUCCAGACAAGGUACGGGUGGCAUCAGGACAGACUGCGGGGGUGGACAAGGAUGGAAAGGUGAAGGCCGUUUGGGCUAUUUAAAGGCCCAGUGCAAUCAAAAAUGUGGUUUUCCUGUGUUUUAUAUAGAUUUGUGAAAAUGAUGAUAAUGCCCUUUUAGUUUAAGAACUGUUUGAAAAGACCACCUUAACAUUUCAGCCUGUUAUGGUGGGAUGGAGUCCUAGCUAAAUUCUUGCUUAAGCAAUUUUUGUUUCUUUUUGACCAUUUUAAUUGAAAACAAUCACAGUAAAGUACUUAAAUGUUAACCAGAAAUGGCUGCAUUGGACCUUUUUAAGGAACAUCAUCUGACACUAUUUAAAACUAAAAUGUUUCCAUUCUUGCUAGAGUGUCCCUUUAAGACUUGAAGAAGAAAAAAACAGUCAUACUAUCAAAUCCACAGAUGACAAAAAAAGUAUCAUACUUAUUAUCAAACCUUGUCUAAUUUAUGUCGUAGCCCCUGCAGCCUUAUGUCCAUAUAUGGGAUUCCUCCACACUGAUCACCCUACAACAGAUAGGACUGGGCACCUUUGAGAGAGGUGUAGGGUCUGUGGCUUUCUCCUUUGCAGUAAGUGUUCAUUCACACUACAAAACAACCCUCCCACACGCACACACUAGAUGUCACUGAGUUUAUGGUCUAUAUUUAGUACAGUAUUUCUCAUUUCACUAAGGCUAUUGAAGAACGUCUGACACCAAAUCUCCAUACAGGACUCCCAAACAAAACCAAUACAGGCUUUUAAUACGUGAGUCCUGAUUUGUGACUCGGCUGCAUCAUCGCUCCAUCUGUCAUAUGCCCUCUCACUGGUUCUCUCUCCUUCUCACCUCUCCUCUGCUUGCAGGACGCUGGAGCCUUCCUCUGUGUGAUUGAUGACUCCAAUGAACACAUGCUGUCUGUGUGGGACUGUGCCAAAGGAACCAAGCACGCAGAGGUUAAGGUAAAGCGAUGAACCAAGACAUACACACACACACACAUGCACACUUGCACGCACUCACAUUUUCAUGCAAGCACACAGGCACGUACAAAGGCACACACACACACACACACACACACACACACACACACACACAGAGAGUCCUAUUCAUAUUGCACAGUAGGUUUAAUGCAGUAAAAUGCAAUUAAUCAAUACCAUUUACAGUAUACAUCUUGAUACGGCUUCCUUGUGUCAUAACAAAAAAAUCUACCCCUAUCUUUGCAGAGAGCCAAGCCUGUAAUUUGCAUGCGUAGGCUGUUAAAGCCAUCAUUACGUCAGUGAGAACCGUUAGAUCCCUGAAAAGGAGGCCUGUUUGCAUAGAUUAAGAAGAAAAAAUAUGUCUUCCAUGUCACCCCGUUCUGUCACAGGCUUUUGUCCCAAAUGUUUCUACUUCCCCGAGAGUCAUUUCUGCGGUGUUGCCACGGCAACUGUGUAAAUAUUUUACACUGUGAAUUUGUCCGGCGGUGUGUGCUCUAUAUGCAUAUGUGUGUGUGUGUGUGUGUUUGCAAAUGUGUGAGCGUGCGUGCGUGCGUGCGUUGUGUGUGUGUGUUAAGAGGGUUUGGAUAUUAGGUGGGUGUUUAUAUGAGAUCAUUUUCUCUCUUGUAGCACACAUGCAGAACUUCUCGUAUUUUCGCCAAAUUGAUUUAGCAUAAGCAUCAUUUGUCAUGAGUGCCCUAGAUUCGAGAGUACAUUUUUGAAUCUCCAGUGAAAACUGGGAGUGGUCACAAAGAGGGGCAAGGGAAAAGGUUCAGCCCACAUAAAUAUAUGAGUUGGUUCAACGUAUGUAACAUAUGCCCAUCCCCCGCUGGACUGUAAUGGAAUAGUCCAUUGCUUUUUUCCAGAGAGUGCAGCUGCACAUUUAAACUUUGGUGCAGAAGUGUUAUGCCCUCUCAUACAAUCUAAUCUGUCCUCAAGUGAAUUCCAAGGUUGGCCAAAUCAUAGAAAUGUAGUUUUGAUAUUGGAAUUCACAGUGAUUUUUGCAUUUGAGUGAAUUAUUUGACAACUUGAAAUGUUCUCCUGGUUGUUAAUCCAGAGCACCAACGAGGCAGUGUUUGCAGUGGAGUUCAACCCCAGCGACAGCACCAACAUCAUCACCUGUGGAAAGUCUCACAUCUACUUCUGGACCCUGAGUGCAGGCUCACUCACCAAGAAACAGGGCAUCUUCGGGGUGAGUGAAAUUCCUUAAGUACUGUUCAUCUGAAAAGUAUUUUUCACAUAGACAAAAGGUACAUGUGACCAAUGGGUAUAUCAAACCCGGCUUAUCUGUAUGACUCACGCAAGGCUAACUCUGGAGGUGAAAACAAGUCUGCAGGUCUCACGCAGGGCUCCUUCUCAUUAAACCACCUCCGCUAAAUAUUGUCAUUCAAACUUAUGAACGGUUUGUAAUAUUUCUCUUCUUUCUUCUGUCAGAAAUACAAGAAACCCAAGUUCAUCCAGUGCUUUGUGUUCAGCCUGACGGGAGACGUGCUGACCGGGGACUCGGAGGGGAACAUCCUGACAUGGGGCAAAUCACCCGGCGACGUCAAGACACUGGGGAAAGGAGCCAAAGGUAACUAACGGUCUGGUCCAAAUAUGGACUAGGCUCUCCAUAUGAAAUACAGUAUAUAAAAUAAAUGAAAUAAUAAUACAAACGUAUGGGAAAAAUAUAAUUUCAUCUGAUUUAGUACUUCCUUAGCCAAUAGUGUACCAGACUCAGCCUCCACAUGUGUGGCUAUCUUUUCCGCUUGCUCUCCAAAUGUGUGAGACAAAAGACAACAAAGUCAUCUUCCUCCUCUCUCUCCCUUCCUGUUGCAGAGACGUUCCAGAUCAUGCGUCAGACCCGGGCCCAUGACGGCAGUGUGUUUACUCUGUGUAUGCUGCAGGGGGGCGCCCUCCUCAGCGGCGGGGGCAAAGACCGCAAGAUCAUCCGCUGGAGCGCCGACCUGGCACCCGAGAGAGAGUGUGAGGUGAAAGAUGUGUGUGUGUGUGUGUGUGUGUGUGUGUGUGUGUGUGUGUGUGUGUGUGUCACUCUUAAUAACAAAACCGAGCGUGUCUAAAAACAUUUAAGACCCUUUUUGAAUUGUAUUAUUUCAGAAUAAAGUUGCUGAAUUUAUUAUAGAUUCCAGAAAAGUUUGGGGCGGUCCGUUGCAUCACAGAUGUAAACGGGGACGAGGUGUUGGUUGGUACCACCCGAAAUGCCAUCCUGAGGGGCACUUUCUCUGACGGCUUUUUGGCCAUAGUGCAGGUAUGUUAACAUUAGCAUGAUGGAGUAUGUACUGGGUGGUAUGUGAAGGGGUUUGUGGUUACACACCUGGUCUGCACACGUUCUACGUUCUGAUCCCAUACACUUCUCCGUUCUUCCCAAAGUGUGCAGUUUCUCACUCCCCCCUCAUGGAUUUCAAAGCAUUAUAUUGUUGUAUGGGCUAGAGGUGCGAUUCCACCAUGUCUUUCCACCAUUCGUUUUAAAUCCACAAUGGGGAGUGAACAAGUGCACACUACAGGGAGAAGCAUAUAGAAUAGAAACCUAAAGUGUAUUGAGUGUGUGAUACCGAGUGUGUGUUGCUCUCCCCGUGCAGGGUCAUGUGGAUGAGGUGUGGGGCUUGGCUACUCACCCCUCCCAGGAUGUCUUCCUCACCUGUGGACAUGACAGACAGGUGUGCGUGUGGAACACAGAGGAGCACAAACUGGACUGGUGCACCACGCUGGAGGUGGGAGGGAAUGCACAACACACAAACAUUCAUACACACAUAAAACACGUGCACGCCCCUACGCAUGUAAACAAAUACUGAUAUUCAUACUGUAUUUUUCAGGAGUAUGGGCUGUGUGCAGAUUUCUGUCCUAAUGGGGCUGUGGUGUCUGUUGGGCUCAGCACAGGCAGGUGAGAUGCUCCACUCUGAAAUACCACAGCAUCAAACUUUCAGGAGACACAUGUCUCUCCGGCCAGAGAGUAGAGCAGGCAAAUGUCCCAGUUGGUAUUCACGUAAUAAUAAGGAAUUUGCUUCGACUAUGCCCACAAAUUGGCGAAAACGAACAUUGUUUCCUAUUGACCCCCAUUUUAAAAGAGGCAACUUCAUCGUCUAUUUUUUGUUAUACAGAAAUAACAAAAAAAUGCCAAAAAGCUGCUGUGUUGUUCAAUCUACAUGUAGCCAGGUAAAAAAUCCCGACCUACAGUUCGCAAUGCUCCCAUAGGGAAAUAGAGGCUGUGAGAAGAGCCCUGUGGCUUCAGGCUAUUCGGUGUGGGAGAGUGGGAAAUGUGGGGAUGCGUUGUCCAAGUAGGUUACGCGUAGCUAUGUGUGUGGAAAACAUUUAAUCACAGGUAAGACGUUUAACUUGUUUAGUACAGUCCAUUUGUAACUCCACUCACUACUUGUAGCUGUAUAGUCUGUUUUUGUUUUGUUGGUCUUGGCUAGCUAAAUGUUCCGGUUGGUAGCUAGCUAGCGCUCACUCACUCACGUGGCUGCUAGUAUCGUUAUGAAAAGGGGCAUGAGGGAAGCCCUACAAUAUAAAGUAGUGAGAACAUUAGAGCAGGCAAUGUUGAAAAGUCAUCUUUAGACAUGUUGUACUUUUCUUAAAUGUAGUUUUGUAAUUGACUAAAACAAGCAGAAAACAAGACAAUUGCGUUUGAAAAAGGGCAAGUUUUUGCUGUGAGCCAAUGGGGUAAAGGUUAGCAAAGGUUGUUUUGCCCAUAGGUGGGCAGGGUUGCGACAUUCUAUCUCAUACCAAGCAUUAUCAACUCAUCUAAAGCGUCAAUCAAUAUAAAUACUUGCAUGUUAAUUACCAUGUCUUUGUGACAUGAAACCAUACAAAUAAUACACAACCCCAAGAUGAUAAAGCAGAAUCAUUGUUUGGCGGUUCAAACCUUCACACCAGUUGUCUGCCUCUCUGGCCAAACCCCCAACCUACCACCCCCUACCUCCAAAUACCCCUGUAACAGGUGGCUGGUCCUUGACCUGCAGACCAAAGAGGUGAUCUCAGACUACACCGACGGGAAUGAACAGCUGUCCGUUAUGAGAUACUCACCAGGUCAGAGGUCAAGCUCCUUCCUCAGUGUGUCACAAUAGACAGAAUUUCAAUUUCAUGUUUCAGUAAUAUGUAUGAUGGAUCUCUAUUGUUUAUUUUCAUUUAUAUUGCCUUUAUUUGGAACAUGCCUUUUUAUUUUAUUUUUAGACGGUAGUUUCUUGGCCGUGGGUUCCCAUGACAACUUCAUCUACAUCUACAAUGUCACCGAGAGUGGACGGCGCUACUCCCGCUACGGAAAGUGCAAUGUAAGUUGCAGUGCAUUCUGGGAUGUUGCGGAUUGUUGUGGAUUAUUUAUGAUGUGAAUGAACGGUUCAUUGUGGGGUACAGGACACAUUUAUCAUGGUGUUUGGGUGUCGUGUCAAUUUUUGAUGUCUGUUACUUUUAGGGUCACUCCAGCUUCAUCACUCACCUUGAUUGGUCGAAAGACGGGAAGUACGUUAUGUCCAAUUCGGGCGACUAUGAAAUCCUUUACUGUGAGUGACUGUGAAAAUGUCUACAUUUACAUUUACAUGUCUCAUUUGAACAUAUGUAUAUUUGUAUAGUAUAAUAUGUUUUAUUUUCCUAAGUUAUCCUAAGGACUAUUGCUCUUCUCAAACAGGGGACGUUGCCGGAGGCUGCAAACUGUUGAGGAACCGCUAUGAGAGCAAAGACAGAGAAUGGGCGUCCUACACCUGCGUAUUGGGCUUCCACGUCAUGGGUGAGAGUGACUAAGUAAAGAUGGCGGAUCUUCAUUUGAUCACCCUGUUGCAGGACAACUUUCCUGCAAUGCAGGACAUUUAAAACUUGUAGUGUAUUUUAGGUUUAAAAAGGCUUCUGAAGUUUGUAAUUUACACUUUGAAAUGUCAGACUUUAUUUUCCCUUGCGAAAAAUGUAUCAACCCCUAGAAAAAUUUCCAUUAAUUAUAAUCCACAUAAUAAUUCACAUUUCUUGUUGCUGCAGGAUUAUUUUCCUGCUGUAUCAAACUGGCUCAAAUUAAGAUCCUACAUCUGUAUUUCAAGGCUCUCAGUAUCACACAACCCCUUAGCAGUGGCUGAGUAGUCAACGUGUAUUGUGUGUUAUUUUGUGUCCGUCCCAUAGGUGUGUGGUUGGAAGGUUCAGACGGUACAGACAUCAACGCCCUCUGUCGCUCCCACAGUGAGAGGGUGGUAGCGGUGGCCGAUGACUUCUGUAAAGUCCACCUCUUCCAGUACCCCUGCCCAAAACCCAAGGUCAGGGAUAACGCAGCUCCACAUUUACAAUUGAUUUCCCUUAUUUUUACUCCUUGCACCAAAAUGUUCACCACAUAUCAACUGUCUUCUUUUAUCCAUCAGGCCCCAAACCACAGUUAUGAAGGCCACGGCAGUCACGUGACCAACGUGCGCUUCACCCACUGUGACAGUCAUUUGCUCUCUAUGGGUGGAAAGGACACCUGUAUCCUCCAGUGGAAGGUCAAGAGAGGAGGAACAGGG